AUGGGGAUGGUUAGUCUACUAAGUUGGAACACUAGGGGGCUUAAUGCUCCUAAUAAGCAAAAAGAGAUUAAGCUCCUUUGCAAUGAGGAAAGAGUAGGUUUAAUAGGCCUGCUGGAAACAAAAAUUAAAAAAGAAAGGAUGGAUCAGUUAGCAGAAAAGAUGUUUGCUGGAUGGAAGUUUGUAACAGAUCUUGAGUGUCAUUACAAUGGGAGAAUCUGGAUCACCUGGAGGCCAGAUUACUACCAGAUAAUACCUAGGCAAAAGACUGCUCAACUAAUAACAUGUGAAGUAUUGUAUGUUCCUCUCCAACUAUCAUUUGAGGUAACCUAUGUAUAUGCUUUUAAUACAAAAGAUGAGAGGAAGGGACUGUGGGAAGAUUUAAUUACUCACGGUAGAGGAUGUAGUAAACUAUGGAUGGUAAUAGGUGAUUUUAAUUCAGUUCUGAAUGCAGAGGAUAGAAUAGGAGGAAAUGAAGUGACAUGGGCUGAAGUGGUGGACUUCUAUAAUUGUGUAGUGGAGUGUGGAAUGAUGGAAUUACCUGCACAAGAAAAUAGAUACACUUGGAGUGAUAAACAUGAAGAGCAUAGAAUCUUCUCAAAAAUUGAUUGGAUUUUUAUUAAUGAGCAAUGGUUUGAUACCAUGCCAGAAUGCAAUGCCAGAUUUCUAACAGAAGGGAUUAGUGAUCAUUGUCCUGCAAAGGUGACUUUUGUAGAGGAGAGGCAGAGGAGUAGGAGAUCAUUUCAAUUUUGUAAUGUGUGGACUCAAGAUCCACAAUUGAUGAGCAUAGUCAAAGAGGGUUGGAACAAUAAUGUGGAAGAGUGCAAAAUGUUUACAGUAGUAAAAAGACUGAAGGUGUUAAAGAGGGGAUUGAAAACUUUAAACACACAGAUCCAAGUUCAACUGCAAAGAUGUCCUACUAAUUUGGAAUAUCAACAAGCUGAAAUUAGUGCAUAUCAAAAGUUCAGGUGGUCAUCUUACCUAGCUGAAGUGUACUUACAACAAAGGAGUAAAGCAACAUGGAUUAUAUUGGGAGAUGAUAACACCAAAUACUUCCACUCAGUAAUCAAGCAAAGGAAACUGAAGCAGGCAAUUACUCAGCUCAAGGACAGCUCUGGUCUUUGGCAAACAGAUCCUGAUACAAUUGCUGGUAUGUUUGUUGAUUAUUAUGAAAAUUUACUAGGGAGGAAAGCAACUGAAAGGGUGAAAGCUUUUAGUAGUAUAAUCAGAAAUAGGAACAGGCUAUCAGAAGCUCAACAACAAGAAAUAAUGUAA